GGCGUUAUAACCUAUGCUACCGAGCGCUCUCCUAUUUUAGCAAGGUCGGUGUGGGGCGACUACGAGCGAGGGAGAACGAGAGGAGAGAGUUAAUUAAAGAGGCAAGAUGCAGAGCGCUGCAUUGGGUCUGUUGUCGCCCUCAACCCCUCUCCUCAAGACCCGAAGCCCUCUGAGCCCGAAUUCUGGAUCCUUCUUCGGGCUUCCCUCCUACCAACCCUCGCCGAUCCCCAAUGGCCUCUCUCGCCCUCUUUCCUCCUCCUCCUCUCGCCUCGGCACCGCCGGCUGGGCUUCUGGCCCUGCUCUCACGCCGGUUCGGAAGGGGGCGGAGGUUCUUGUGGCCAGGGCGAGCUCCUCCGUCCCGGAGAGCGCCGGCGAGGGCAGCGCCGCCGCCAAGCCGAGCAGCGGCGGACUGGUUGGAACCCUGCAGCUGGGAGCGCUCUUCGGUCUCUGGUAUCUCUUCAAUAUCUAUUUCAACAUCUAUAACAAGCAGGUUCUGAAGGUUUUUACAUUCCCAAUAACCAUCACGACAUGUCAAUUUGCCAUUGGGACUGUCCUUGUUUUAUUUAUGUGGUUGACUAAUCUCUACAAGAGACCAAAGAUUUCUGCUUCACAGCUUGUAGCUAUUCUACCACUGGCUAUGGUCCACACUUUAGGCAACCUCUUCACUAAUAUGAGUCUGGGAAAGGUUGCUGUAUCAUUUACACAUACGAUCAAAGCUAUGGAGCCCUUUUUCUCAGUCCUUCUUUCCUCCUUGUUCCUGGGAGAGUUGCCAACUGUUUGGGUUCUUUUGUCUCUUGUGCCAAUUGUUGGUGGUGUAGCAUUGGCAUCUAUGACUGAAGCUUCUUUUAACUGGGCUGGAUUUUGGAGUGCAAUGGCUUCCAACCUGACCUUCCAAUCUCGCAAUGUUCUUAGCAAAAAGCUCAUGGUUAAGAAAGAGGAAUCUCUGGACAACAUAAAUCUCUUCUCGAUAAUAACAAUUAUGUCAUUUUGCCUGUUAGCCCCUGUAACUCUGUUUGUUGAAGGUGUCAAGUUCACUCCCUCAUAUGUGCAGUCUGCUGGUUUGAAUCUUAAACAGAUAUAUUUGAGAUCCCUUAUUGCUGGGCUAUGUUUUCAUGCAUACCAACAGGUUUCAUAUAUGAUACUAGCAAGGGUGUCACCUGUAACUCAUUCUGUGGGCAACUGUGUGAAGAGGGUGGUGGUCAUUGUGACCUCAGUUCUUUUCUUCAGGACUCCUGUUUCAUUUAUCAACUCGCUUGGAACUGGUGUGGCGCUCGCUGGUGUUUUCCUGUAUUCCAGGGUGAAGAGAAUCAAGCCAAAGACCGCAUGAGUGGUCGUCUUUCUUCUGUUCCAUUUUUUGUGUUGGUUUGUGGGUUCUUCUAGAGAUGAUAUCGUAGUGUUAAAAUGGUUAGGCGUGCUACAAGAAAUGUUAUUCAUAUUUGUUUUGCUGCUUCACUUCUUCCAGUUUUCCAGCAGCAUGUAUGCCGGAUUCAGAAAGAAAACGGAUUUACUUUUAGCCCUUUUUGACAGAA